AUGGAAGGCAACAGCGAUAUCAUCGACAAGUUGAAGGCAAGUGUAAUCGCCAAGCUGGAGGAACUGGACCCCAGCACCAAUCGUGGUAAGUGUGANGCAAGUGUCAUCGCCAAGCUGGAGGAACUGGACCCCAGCACCAAUCGUGAUGCCACCCUCAUCGACUACAUAAUCGUCAUGAUUGUGAACCAGAAGAGCAAGUUCGAAAUGAAGCACAAUCUUUCCCUCUUUCUAGGGAAGAUCGUCGAUGAGUUCGUCAACUGGCUCUUUGACUACCUGGCCACCACCAGCGAGCUGAAGGUGAAGACGGCCAGUCCGACGGCGGCGGCGGUGCUCAACGCGACGACAUCGACGAGUAGUAGCAGCAGCAGCCGAACCACAACCAAAAACUCUCCUAAGUCAACCAGCAGUCCUAAAGAAACUGAAAAAUCUAAAAAGAGCGAACCUAUCGCCGAUUCGAAAGCCAACACUGCCACCAUCACCAACGGACACAGCAGCAGUAGCAGCAGUCAAGAGGCGACGAGCAAAGGUGACCCCAGCAAAAAGUCCACCUCUAGGCGGAAACUCAAGUCGGCCGUUUCUGCCUCCUCUACUGAUGACAAAGAAACAACGGCUGAAACGGGGGUGGUCACAUCUCCUGUCAACACUACCAACAACAACAACAGCAGCAGCAGCACUGCAGAUGCUACCACCAACACGACAGCAUCAUCUCCCACCAGGAAAAAUGGAAAAGUGGUGAAGAGACGGCCUGCAGCGGAAGCAGUGUCGUACGCCAGCGGCAGCAGAAAGCGGACACAGUCAAACUCCGCCACGACUGACAACAUCAACGACGAAGAAAUGGGUGGCGGCGGCAGUGGAGCAAAGAAGAGCAGACAGAAGAAGGGCCCGGCUGCUGUUGAUGACGAUGAGGAAGACGUGGAAAUGCUGGGCCUGGAUGCCGAUUCGAAGGAGAACAACGAGACGAAGUUUCUCAUCACUCUGGACGGCGCCAAGGACAU